AUGGCACAAAUCAUUGUUGCUAUACAAAUGGUAUAUGAGCAGAAGUAUCUGAAUCAGUAUGAUGUGCCAGCACUGUUUGCUGUUGGGCUCGAAGGUUUGUUCGGUAUGACUAUUUUGUCUGUAUUGAUGGUGCCAAUGUAUUACAUUCAUGUCCCGCACACUUUUUCCACAAAUCCGGAAGGAAGACUCGAGGAUAUUUUCUUCGCCAUGAAGGAAAUCUCUGAACAGCCGUGGAUUGCUGUAGCUCUAGGUGGAACCGUUGUCAGUAUUGCUUUCUUCAAUUUCGCUGGGGUUUCCGUUACCAAGGAGCUUUCGGCUACAACUCGAAUGGUUCUUGACAGUGUCAGAACGUUGGUCAUUUGGGCGUUCAGCAUUCCAUUCUUCGGAGAACAGUUCAUUCCUCUUCAGCUUGUUGGUUUUGCACUGCUUAUUCUUGGCAUGUUUGUCUACAACGACAUACUGAUCGGUCCAUGGUUCCGGCGACGUGUGCUUCCAAACAUGGGAGACUCUAAUCUGUGCACCAGGUGCUGGUUCUCGAUAUGUGGAGCUGAUUUGGAUGAAGUGGAUCAGGAGAGUUUAAUAAACGAUGAUGUAUAA